UUUCUGAUAUCUAUACACACGAAAGAAAACUAUGUGUCAACUUGGUUCGGUUCGCGUAUACACCGAGUACAUAUCCCUUUGUUUUGACCUAUAUUUUGCUGUAGAAAAAAAAUUAGUAGAAAGGCAGUAAUGAUUGGCCGAUUCUAUUUGGUUUAUAACGAAAACACACUACUAGAGCUUCAAUUCAAUGACUGCUGAACUUCAAUUCCAAAUCACCACUCCGUGUGUGAUUCCUCUAUGGAGUUCUCGUAGUAGGCCUAUCACUAGAACUCAAUACUAGGCUUACGCCGAUUCCUUCUCAAAAUUACUGAAACGGUCAAGCUAGAAGGAGAGGGAUGUGUGCCGCUAGCUUAUUUUCUACCCCACAGAAGACGAGUGUGACAGACCUCGCCUUGAAGCUGGCUAAAGAUGAGGACCAUUCUCCUGCUUGUGAGUCUGUCACUGACUGUGCCAGCUGGGUAUGGUUUAGACAAUGGUUUGGCUCGCACCCCUCCUAUGGGCUGGAAUGCAUGGGAGAGAUUCCGAUGCAAUGUGGACUGUGACCCCGACCCCGACAAUUGCAUCAGGGAAGAACUUUUCAUGCAGAUGGCCGAUAUAGUAGUGAGUCAAGGCUACAAAGAGGUAGGCUAUGAGUUCAUCAACAUGGAUGACUGCUGGAUGUCAAAGGAGAGAGAUGCUCAGGGCCGUCUACAGCCAGACCCCAAGAGGUUCCCAAGUGGGAUCAAGAACUUGGCUGAUUAUGUCCACUCCAAGGGGCUGAAGUUUGGCUUGUAUCAGGACAUGGGCACCCAGACAUGUGACGGCUACCCUGGGAUUUGGGGUCACAUUGAAACAGAUGUUCAAACUUACGUUGAAUGGGGCGUCGACUAUGUCAAGAUGGACGGUUGCCACAAUUUGGGCCCUGUCUUGUUUGGAGAAGGUUUUGUUAAUAUGUCCCAUGCUCUCAACAAGACUGGUCGCCCGAUUGUCUUUUCAUGUGAGUGGGGCUUCGACAUGAGGGAACACAAUCCAAAUUACACUGAGAUUGCAGUUUACUGCAACAGCAUGCGGCAGUAUCUUGAUGUGCAGGACUCAUGGGAGCAAGUUCUCACCAUACUGAACUGGUACACCUUCUUUCAGGAAAUUAUGGCCAAGGUCAACGGGCCGGGGAAUUUCAUUGAUAUGGACUUUAUUAUAGUCGGAGACUUUGCUCUGAGCUAUGAGCAAGCACAGUCUCAGAUGGCGCUGUGGUCCAUCAUGUCAUCUGCGCUGCUCAUGUCCAGCGACCUUCGGAAGAUGGAUCCGAAGAUGAAGGCCAUUCUCCAGAACCGUGAGGUCAUCGCCAUCAACCAGGACAAACUGGGCAAGAUGGGCAUCAUGAUACACAGCGAAUCCCACUUUGAGGUGUGGACCAAAGUGCUGGACAAAGGUUGCUUUGCCGCGGUCAUUUUCAGUCGGGCUACUGAUAUGCCGCACAAUUUCACGACGACCAUGACAGAUCUGGGAUACCCCAAUACCCCAUUCUACGUCCGUGAUGUCAUCAACCAUAGGAACCUAGGAAUCUUCAUCAAGUAUGACCCACUGAAUGUCAAAGUUAACCCUGGUGGAGUUGUGAUGAUUAAGGCUGAACCAGUCAAAAAGAGGACCUUUAAGGUUUAUUAAGAGGGCUUUUGGCAGACUUGAACUCGCAAGGAGACCAGGAGACAAGGAGGAUAGGAGACCAGGCGAGAGGUGCAACCGCUGGUGUAUGUGGUUUCCUGUCCAGUCGCUUUGCAGUUACACACACAGAGCCGCGAAGGCCUUGACAAAAGGCUAGCUAUGGUCAAAAAUAUAAAAAAUGUUAAAAAGGAUAUAAUGUACCAAUUUUUAUAAAUGCAAUUAAAUCAAUUUUAAUAAAAAACAGUAAACAUUCAUAAAUGAAAAGGUUUAAGGUUGAAGGGUGUGAUCACGGAUUGGGAUGUUGUUUUGCAUACAUUUUGUUCUGCAACAAAAUUCAGGAAUUAUAAGUGUGUCAUUAAGUGAUCCAGUAUUCUAUGCAACUAGGAGGACUUCUUGAAAUUGAGCUUUCCACUAAUGUUUAAAAUAUAUAAUACAUUAAAGAUAUUAAGAAGUCUUGAUGGGUCAAGAGCAAUAUCUGACUCCUUAUAAGCUGGCCUGAUUGCUUUUUUCCUUCAAAAAGAAGCAUGUAGUAUUAUAAAUGUAAAAGGAGAUUUUGCUUUUUUUCAGAAAUUCACAAUGUUCAACUCUUCUCUGUUAUACCAUAGAGGAAGGCUGUUCUGACUGCAUUUGCAGACACAAUGUACAGAAGACCGUACAUUUUGGUGUUGCACUCCACAAGUCUUGCUUCAUUUACGAUGUUUAUGUUUGUGUAUGUGGCAAAGCCAGAAAUUAGUUAGUAAUUAAAAACACCCUUUUUUACAUAGUAGCAGCUCCCCUUUAAAAAUCUUCAAUUUAGUUUAGAGUCCCCCUUCUUUUUCCUAGUAAUGUGCUCCCUGUGUUUUGUAUCGUGUCUGAUGUAAUUGUCUGUAUAUUUUGUAACAGUCUUUGUUCGUGUGUAAGACUGAAAUAACCCACAUAUAAUGGUACUUUCUUUAAGACAAGUUGAUUGAAUAGAUGGGUUCUAUAAUAGUUAUUGAUCACUUGCAGCUGGGGGGGGCAGGGGAAGUGUCCCCUUUAGAUGAGGGGGGAUAUGACACCCACUAUUUGCAAAUCCUAUAAUUCUUUUUUCUUCAUGGAUCCUUCUAUUAAUGAAUGAUGUUUGAUGCUUUCGCAACAGGCCCCAGACUUUGAAAAUCGUUUUGGUUGAUAUCCUAUGCCAUAUCAUUCAAAACUACAGUUUAAUGUUCUCUUUCACACUGCGUUCGUUGUUUCUCUUUCGGCAUAAAUUCAAAGCAAUUUUUAAAUAUCAAUAGCUGUUUACCAUUAACAUGCCGCGAACACAGUUAUGUCAUACACGUUAGUAAUCAUUCAGUGUUAUCCGCAUACAAAUCAUUUUUGUUUCAUUGGGAGCAUAAAUUUUUUGUACUUCAUUUUCUGCAUUCCACCAAAGGGACAAACUUCAAUUUGUGGACACCCAGCGACGGUUCAAUAUCAUAUUUGUUCAGUAUUUCAUUUGUAUUUGCAGAAACUUCUUCUACCAAAGUUAUCUUUUUUUUAUUGGGAGAAAUAAAAUUGAAACAGAUAAGCAACGUC